AUGUCUAGCUGUAAUGUCGACAGUAAGUAUGGGCUUUGCUCAAGCUUUGAGGUCAGGGAUGUAUAAACACGGCGUCCAUCAGGGGUGAAAGGAGAUGAGACAGAAAAGGAUGAACAGUCACUGCUGAUUUCGUGGACUUUCGUGUUUGUAUUAAAGAAGCACUCAAUAGUUAGCCUCUCAGAUAACGUCGGGUGCUACGGUACUUGAAAGGACGUUUCUGAAUAGGAUGAAGCUACGUGCGGAGGUAGCAGCCUCUGAGCGGUAGUGUCAAUACAUCACACAGAAGAUAUUCAUGAGCAAGUUUGUCAAUAGAUAAGCCCUUGAUAGACCAGACAGAGGUGGUAUCUCUUUGCGAAAGGACGUACUACCAAAGUGAGUGCCCUCAGCGUGAUGCACCUACUUGUUGUCAUUGUGGCGGCUUUGUUGAUGGGUGUGUGUACACGUGCAGAUUUCAAACGAGUAUGCUACUUCACAAACUGGAGCCAGUAUCGUGCCGGGACGCUGAAGUUUACCGCUGCCAACAUCACCGAACCGAGUCUGUGCACCCACUACAUCUUCGCCUUCUCUAAGGUGCUGCCAGAGGAGGACACCAUGGCACCGUACGAGUGGAACGACGACGGACCGGGUGGCAACUAUGAGCAGCUGACUUCUCUGAAGGUCGCGAACCCUGGAUUGAAGGUCAUGUUGGCGGUAGGAGGCUGGACACACGGCUCAAUGCCAUUUGUCGAGAUUGUCAGCAACGACACCAAAGUCUCCAACUUCAGUGACAACGUCAUCAAGUACUUGAGAGAUCGUAACUUUGAUGGUCUUGACCUUGAUUGGGAGUACCCAGCGCACAGGGGCAGCAACGACACGGACAGAGAGAGGUUCACGUUCCUGGCAGAGACAAUGAUGCAGAAGUUUGUAGAGGAGUCAGUGACAUCAGGCAAUCCUCGUCUGUUGCUGUCGACGGCUAUGCCCUCUUCACCGUCCAAAAUGGCGAAGGCCUACGAAGUCGUGAAAGUUUUUCGGACCAUGGACUUCGUCAACCUGAUGGCCUACGACUUUGACACGGACAGACAAGGAUUAUACUAUGUAUCGCCUUUGUACAACAGACCCGAAGACAACCCACCCGAGGACAUAUUGAACGUCAACGCGAGUGUGCAGUACUUACUCCAAACCGGCGUGGCCCCAGAGAAGAUUGUGUUGGGGGUGCCUUUGUAUGCCCGUGAGUACACCGUCGAGGAUGGCAGCAACUUCAUGUACGGCGAACCAAUCAAAGUCAACAGUACUGCCACCGAAGUGUACCAACCACAGAUCUGUGAGCGACUACGUCAAGGAUGGAGGACAGUGUGGGACAACAUCUCCAUGACGGCCACUAUCCACAGCGGCAACAACUGGGUGAACCCCGAGAACCUGAGAACAGUUGAUGUUAAGUCCGACUACAUUAAAGAACAUGGUCUGGGUGGCUGCAUGUUCUGGGAGCUAGGUCAGGAGGACUUUGGGGGGACCACGUGUAACGGGGUAAAGAACCCCCUCCUGAAGAGAUUCCGGCACAUGCUGACAUCAGCACGAGAUGACUGUCCGCCUGGCACGCGGGGUCAGGUGGACACACUUGGAUGCGUUCCCUGUGGAAAGGACACGUACCAGGAGGAGCGGCGCCGUGCAGCCUGCAUCCCCUGUCCCCCGGGCUUCGGUACCACAGGCACGGGCGCUGAUUCUCGACACAAGUGUAGGAAGUUCUGUCCCUUGGGUGAAGACUACAGCCGUGUGGCCGGGCGCUGUGAGAAAUGUCGUCUGAACUACUUCCGGUCGGAUUCCGAACAACCAUUUUGUCACAAGUGUGCCCCGGGCACAAUAACUGCUGGUGUCGGGAGCACCUCCUGUGUCCCUAGUCCUGAUGGCCUCGAGGUGGAAAUCCAGCAGGUGACGCUUACCGUAACAACCCGUUUCAAGGUUGUCUCGUGCCAGAAUAAAGCGGCAAUAACCAUAGCAGUCCAGAACCACUUGAAGCAGGCGAUACAGACAGUGGACAGGACAUGGCGCGGAGUCUGUGAUCGGGACUGCAACAGCGUGACGUCUUCAUUACGAGACGGGUGUGGGGACGGGGGAGUGUUGAUCGUCGAUACCAUCGUUCCACAUGUGCCACAAGAAAUCUCGCGCGUGCUAGGCGAGCAAACAACAACGAUGUCAGCUGACAGUUUGAUCGUAGAAGGACUAUAUGAUAGUUCUCAGAGUCCUACCCUCCUGGCCCAUGGCGUUGUGUUUGACGGCGUGACGGAAGUGACGUCCCAGACACUGGCCCAUGGCGUUGUGUUUGACGGCGUGACGGAAGUGACGUCCCAGACAGUCUGUUCAAAUCAGGGACACGUCUACGUGAACGGUGCUUGUGAGCCAUGUAAACGAGGCGCAUACCUAGACAAGGACAGCAGCUCCUGCAGCCCCUGUCCAGUGGGCACAUACCAGGACGAGGCUGGACAGACGUCUUGCAUGGCGUGCCCUGCUCCAAUGACAACAAGUCGCAACGGCGCUGAUUCCAGUGCUAGGUGCAUAUCUCCGUGUGACGCGGACAGCAACUACUGUGACGGUAACGGCAUAUGCCAGUGGGACCGUGUCUCACUCAAAGUCUUCUGCGGAUGUGUGGACAAGUGUCAAACAAGUAGCGCCCUCGCUCCAGACUAUCGACUGGUUAUAGGUGGCGCUGUGGGCGGUUCCCUGGCCUUGCUGGUGUUUCUCUUGCUCGUCAUUGGCUGCGCUGUGUACUGCAGCUGGCAGCGUCAGAAAGAAGUGUACAAGUAUCGGGCUGAUGGACGACAGACUGGGAUCACAUUCCAGGACUACCUCGAUUACAAACUCUGGAUAUCAAGUGAAAGUAGCAUGAGUUGAUGACGUCAUCAUAGCUCGUUUACAAGCAAUGUAUUUGACACAGUUGACAAGUGUACAGUGACAGCGGAAAAUGUGCACAAACUGCGACGUUGGAUAUUUUUUGUGUGUGAAAGAUACAAACCAAACGAACAGUUUACCGUGCGCCAUAUAUGGUUUACUAGUAUGGCUGGGACGGGUAAGUCGGGUACUCGGGUCGGGUGGGUACUGAGUAGGACCCGGGUCCGGACCCUUGGUUAGUCACGUGAUUAUAUUGUUUAAUGGCAAAGUGACAAAUGUUCACAUUUCUUUCCGACUGUGAACACAUGAUUCCUUUUGACUUUAUAUGUUUGCAUAAAGAUAAAACUUCAGUCAACUUCAGUGUGUGCAUGACCAGAUCAUUUUAUUCCUGUAUCUAAAUACAUUUUGACAUUAGUACGGUCAAAGAACGUUUCCUAAUCGGAAAUUUUGUACCUAUCUCUUGAGACCUACAGCGGGUACCCGGGUAGGGUCGGGUCGGGUAAUAGGAGGGUGGGUACCCGGGUAGUACAUUUAGACUCGUCCCAGCCCUAUUUACUAGUACAUGCCAAACGUAACCAAUACAUCUUUUAAUGAUACAAUCUUGAAAAUGUUUGAGGUUGAUUUCGGAAACGAAAUUUUAUCUUACGUUACACGUUUUUGUGAAUUAUGUAUUGCAAGAUGGGUACUUUAGAGGCUGUAAGUACCAUUACAUUCCUGCUACGAAAACAUCGUAACCAAUACAUCUUUUAAUGAUACAAUCUUGAAAAUGUUUGAGGUUGAUUUCGGAAACGAAAUUUUAUCUUACGUUACACGUGUUUGUGAAUUAUGUAUUGCAAGAUGGGUACUUUAGAGGCUGUAAGUACCAUUACAUUCCUGCUACGAAAAACAACACCAAGAUUCCGAAGAAAAAUUAUUAAUCUGAAGUGACCUACAAGAAAAUUCCAUGAUGCUUUUCAUAAGAAGAUGGGUCUUCAUGCAGUAACUGUGCAUUUAGGAUGACGAAGAGUGUGCCGAGUGAUUUAUUAAGGGAGAUGAUACAAAAAUACGUAUGUAUAUGUAUGGAGGACAUACUAUAUAAAUGAUUUUAUUAUCAUAUAUUAUAUACAAGAAUGCAAUGUGCCCUACGUGUCCUACGAUGCAACAUGUGUACCUUUUUAUGUAUAUAUGACAUGUUAUUGUACACGAUGGAAGUGAAUAAAGAAUGUUAUACAAGC